AUGAAUAAAUUAGCUCAAAAACCAACAGAUACAAGAUCCACCAUUUUAAGAAGAUAUGGAUUAUUUGCAUCAAUAGCAAUAGCUUUAUUUCUUAUAGGUAAAAAACAUAUAGCAUACAAAAAGGAACAACGUCAUAAAUUAGAAAGUGAUUCAGAUAUAGAUAAUUCAGAUAAUGAAUUUAGUAUUGGUUAUAAGAGACCUGGAUUUCCAGAAAAUAAUCCAAGUUUAAAUUAUGAUGAUAUUAAUAGACAAAGUAAAUAUAUUGGAAGUGGUGAUGCUUAUAGUUCUAGACGACCUGGAGAUAGAUUAAGUUUAUAUAAUAUAUUAAAACAAAAAUAUUGGCCUGAUGAUAAGGAAAAAGAAGCUCAAUAUUAUUCACCAACUCUGGAAGAUAAAAUUAUUAAAUAA